AACUCUUGUAGUUUGUUCCUCGCUGGUGUCCGUAGUCACUGGGGAAAAACAUGGCUUCACACACAAGCAAGGUAUUCCUGUCCCUGGGUCGAUUAAAUGUUCCUGGUCUUGGGAUUCAGAAAUCGGUGAGCAAGGUCACAUAUGCGACGGCGCUGUCUGUAAACCCUUCCAGCGGGAAUCAGGGACUUCCUGGUAGAAACAACAGAGAAUCCUUUGUGAGAAAGCCCAAGAGAGAUAUAGGGGAGCCCAGGACAGAAAAGAUGCCAGUGGAUCAGGACUGGACUGCAGUUUAUCCAGCAGCAACUCCCUUCAGACCGGGCUCCAUCCCGCUGCCUGUGCGGAUGGGCUUCCCUGUGAAGGGUGGUGUUCCUCCAGAGAAGACGGGCAACUUGGAGCUAAUCAAGAUACCUAAUUUUCUGCAUUUGACACCGACAGCCAUCAAGAAACACUGUGAAGCUCUAAAACCCUUCUGUACAGAGUGGCCCUCUGCUUUGGACACCGACGCCAAAUGUGACGAGCACUUCCCUGUCAAAAUACAAAGCACAGACUAUGUGUUUGCCGGCCCGUCUGUCAGAAACCCUUCGGCUCGCGUUGUUCAUCUCAAAGUGAAGCUGUCCAGUUUGAAUCUGGAUGACCACGCACGCAAGAAGUUGGUCAAACUUGUUGGGAAUCGAUACUGCAAAGAGACUGAUGUCCUCACGCUCAGAACUGACAGCUGCCCUCUAAGACAGCAGAAUAAGGACUAUGCCAUGUACCUGCUGACUGUCCUUUACCACGAGUCUUGGAAAACAGAAGCGUGGGAGGCUGAGAAGACUGUGGCAGACAUGGAGGAGUACAGCUGGGAGGACAGCCAGUCCCAAAGGAAUAUCCUGGAUGUGCUAGUGCACAUGAAAGUGGCCGAGGAAGGAGAAGGCGAUGAAGUGCGAGAGCAGUUGCUGGGAAGAAAAGAGGUGCAGGAGUACAAGGACUCUGUGACAAGGUUGAAUAAUGAGGGAGAGAGCGAGAGCACCAUGCUGCAGUACAAAGAGGCUGUCAAGAAAGUUCUCAACUUGUAACAUCUUAAUGUACACAUGUAUUCACACGAAGAUGGCGACAAAGAGCAGAUGUAAUAGGGUCAGACAUUUUUAAUUACUUGUGGACUCGUGAUUUUGGACUCUGUAUGUACCAGUAACACAAAUAAGAGAUCAUUGUAGAUAAUUACUGUUGCAGUUUCCAUUAGGAUAUUACAGUCUCUAGGGCCUCAACUGAUGUAUUUAUUUUCCACAGUAAAUUUACCGUCAUAUCAAAUGUAUGAUGCUGUCUUUAAUACAAAAAUAAAAGUUUAACAACUGCUGGAAA